CUCGCAGCAGUUCGGAACGGUAGUGUCCAACCGAAAGUGAGAGUGAUCACAUCGAUUGGCUCCUAUCAGUAGUGCCGUGUAGUUUUAUAGUGCGUAGGUUUUUGUUUUGUUAGGCUCGAUAUUCUUACGACGUUUGUGCAAUGCUGUCUGUUUUGGCAAGGCGAUCACCCCGGCGGCAAUGUUACGUGGCGAUGCAAACAAUCACUCGAAGGGCUGCCUCCACCGAGAAAGAACCGAGCAAAACAGCCCUGUACGAAUUUCAUCAAAAUAACGGUGGAAAGCUGGUCGAUUUUGCCGGCUACUGGCUGCCAGUUCAGUACGGCGAUCAGAGUAUCAUCAAGUCGCAUCUGUACACCCGAGAAUAUGGUUCGAUUUUCGACGUGUCUCACAUGCAGCAGACCUAUCUGAGAGGCAAGGAUGUCGUUAGCUGCCUCGAAUCGGUUUGCACCGCUGAUAUCAAGGGACUGAAGAAUGGUACCGGAACGCUGACCGUGUUUACCAACGGGAAAGGUGGUAUUCUGGAUGAUCUGAUUGUGAAUCGAGUCUCGGACGAUACGCUUUAUGUCGUUUCCAAUGCAUCUCGCAAGGAAACGGAUAUGGCCGUUAUGUUAGAUGCAGUGGCAUCUUUCAAAGCCAACGGGAAGGAUGUUUCGGUAUCGUUUCUUCCCAGUGACGAGCAAUCACUCCUGGCUAUUCAAGGGCCAAGCGCGGUAACAACUCUACAGAAGCUGUGUACCACCGACCUUUCACGAUUGUUUUUCAUGAACACAAUUAGCGACACUAUUGCCGGAGUGGAAAAAUGCCGCAUCACCCGCUGCGGAUACACGGGGGAAGACGGAAUGGAAAUCUCAAUCCCUUCCAACAAAGCAACGGAAAUCGUAUCCGCACUGUUGGAUUCCAAAAUCGGUAAACUAAAAUUAGCCGGUCUAGGUGCUCGAGAUUCGCUCCGAUUGGAGGCUGGACUGUGCCUGUACGGGAACGAUAUCGAUGAAACAACAACCCCGGUCGAAGCCGGUCUACUAUGGUUAGUGGCAAAACAGCGUCGUGCGGAGAACAAUUUCCCCGGCUCGGACAUCAUCCUGAAUCAGAUAAAAAACGGAGUGACCCGACGCCGGGUUGGAUUCGUAAUGUCCCCCGGAUCGGCACCGGCCCGGCAGCACGUAGAAAUCUACGACAACGAGCAGCAUAAAAUUGGCGAAAUCACCAGCGGUUGCCCGAGUCCUUGCUUGCAGCUCAACAUCGCGAUCGGAUAUAUUCGGGAAGUGUCGAAAAAAGUGGGAACGGAAGUUAUGCUGAAGGUACGGGACAAGUUCUACCACAGUCAGGUUGCGAAGAUGCCGUUCGUACAGACCCAUUACUAUCAACCACCGAAAUAAAUGAUUUGCUCGGAUGAUGCUCAAACGCUUUUA